AGGCAGUGGCGACUGCAACGGGUCAUAUGCAAAGCGUUUGGUUAAAACGUCUACAAUUACGUUGACGCUGGCAGAAUUAGUGAAAUGAAAACAAGCCAAUACUUAAAAAUAUGUAUGAAAUAUGAUAUGUGAAAUAUUCGGUGGCGAUCACGCGAGGCGAAGCAAAAAAAAGAACAAAAAACAAAACAAAUACUUUAAUUGAUCGGUGUAGGCGAUUAAUGCAUGCGAUCGUACGAGCACAACAACAAGCAGUGGCAUUCAGAAGAUAAUGCAAGAAAUCGUGUUUUUCUAAUACUCAUAUCCUGAAUUGGCAUAAUCUUGUGGGAAGCCUGAGUAACAAAAAAAAUUUAAAUUUAAAAUAAAUUAAAAUAUGAAAUCAGGAAAAAAGUGAAAAAUUCAAAGUGUAAAGUGGUUAUAGAAGCAGUUGUGUGCCGUCUGGAAAAAAUGUACGCCAUAAACGAAUUCGAACUCUUCUUCAAAGUGGACAUAACAUAAAUCCUAACGCAAUUUAAAUAUUCACUUUUACAAAAAUAUGCAAAAAUGAGGUGAAAAAUUGUAAUAUCCAACUUGGCACGUCUGAAACGAUGUGGGAAUAAUUCAAAGAUAAAAUUGUGCAAAUCUCAGUUAAACGCAUCAAAAGCAGUAAAGAAAAUCAGCAUACGCCAAAUUGUGAAAAAAAAAUCUAGUUGUAGUGUCUAAUAGUGUCUAAAAAUUGGAUAAAUUCUAGCAAAAAUAACGAAAAGAAUAAAAAUUCAAUUCAGCAUUUUCCACUCUUGCCGCAGCCGAAAUUGUUUCGUGCGACGUCGUGUUUGCGUUCGUCAUUGACGCAACGCCAUUCGUCUAGUAGCCAUAUUGAAAAUUGGAUUACCUAACGCAUUUCAAAAUGGAGGACGAGAGUGAAGACAAGGACGACACAAAAAGAAAAUCUCGAAAUCUGAGUGAAAAGAAGCGGCGAGAUCAAUUUAACUCUCUGGUAAAUGAUUUGAGCGCGCUAAUAUCAACAUCAAAUCGAAAAAUGGAUAAAUCGACGGUACUCAAAUCGACGAUAGCAUUUCUCAAACAUCACAACGAGGCUACCGAUCGCUCGAAAGUUUUCGAAAUACAGCAAGACUGGAAACCAUCAUUUCUUACCAACGAUGAGUUUACACAUCUAAUGCUGGAAUCAUUGGAUGGCUUCAUAAUAGUGUUUAGCGGUAUUGGUUCCAUAUGCUACGCAUCUGAAAGUAUUACGCCCCUGUUGGGCUACUUGCCGAGUGACCUAGUGAAUAUGACCAUUUUCGAUCUAACCUACGAAAUGGAUCACGAAAGUCUACUUAAUGCAUUUUUAAACCCCAAACCGGUUAUCGAACCUCUACAGACUGACAUCAACUCUAGUAAUCAAAUAACUUUUCAUUUGCAUUUAAGACGUGGCGGCAUCGAUAAAGUGGACGCGAAUGCGUACGAGUUAGUAAAGUUUGUAGGUUAUUUUAGAAACGAUGUGAAUCUGGACAGCGUACAAUCGGAGAAUAAUUUAUCGCUGCCGCGCAUCUUCGAAAUGAAUCCCGGCGCUAAGAUCGACAAGAAAUUGAUUUUUGUUGGCACUGGUCGUAUACAAACGCCGCAGUUGAUUCGUGAGAUGUCCGCGAUCGAUCCGACCUGCAACGAGUUCACAUCCAAGCAUAGCAUGGAAUGGAAAUUCCUCUUCCUUGACCAUCGAGCGCCGCCCAUUAUUGGUUAUAUGCCCUUCGAAGUGCUUGGCACAUCCGGCUACGAUUACUAUCAUUUCGAUGAUCUUGAUAGCAUCGUCGCAUGUCAUGAGGAAUUGAUGCAGAAGGGCGAGUGUAGGUCCUGCUAUUAUCGUUUCCUCACUAAGGGACAGCAAUGGAUAUGGCUACAGACGGAGUUCUAUGUGUCAUACCACCAGUUUAGCUCGAAACCGGACUAUGUUGUAUCCACACACAAAGUUGUCAGCUAUGCCGAUGUUAUACAACAAAGCAAGGCGGGGAAUAAAGUGGAUACAACUCCGUCGAUCAAUAAUAGUACCAGCAAAUCGUCAACAAUUACGCUGAAAGAUGUCGAAACUAGUAACCAAAGCCAAAACCACUCCACGCUGUCAGCGAGUGAUAGUAGUAAUAUCAUAAUGGGCAUGUUGAAUGAAGCAUCACCCACGAUGGAUACGUCAUCAGUAUGGCCGAACGCUUCGUCAACUACUGGCGUAACACCCACAACGUUCAAAAUAUCUCGACCCUCUUCAAGUUAUGGCAACAUCAGCUCCACUGGAAUCUCACCGACGGCGAAACGGAAACGUUACUUUUCUCACAAACCCGGCAACGAAUCGGACUCGACCUCUAUGUCUGCGGAUUCUGUCAUCAGCAAGCAUUCGCUUAUGACUCAUUUGAGCUCGAGCCGACAACAUCAUGGUCAUAGCUCGGCCAUGCAAAUGCCGGAGAGCACAACGCACCCACAGCAGAUGAACGCAUCUAAUCAAAAUCUAUUGCAUAGCCAUCUCCAAUCCCAACAGAACGCAAACCUACAAACGAGGCAAUCACAAAGUGAUCAAAAACUCAUACCAAUGAUACCACAACAUACUAUGGCCCAAGCACAAAUAGUAGCAAACAGCCCGUGCCAAUUUAAUCAGGCACCCUACCCACUACGCACCUCACAGAUUGUGGGCCCCACGUUUCUGGAACCUUCACAGUACCUCGCCGCAAUACCUGUGCAACCGAUGAUUGCGCAGUUCCCAGUUGCACCGGUGGUCUCCCCGCUACCCGCGAGUGUGUCCACAGUUCAGCCUUGGAAGACGGCAACGCAGUCACCGCACGCCACCUUAGAUCCAUUGCAAACCCAGGCAGACAUGCUGUCGGGCGCCGUGGUGAUGACACCGACACAGACGCAACUGCAAGACCAACUCCAGCGCAAACAUGAUGAACUACAAAAGCUAAUCAUGCAUCAGCAGGAUGAGCUGCGAAUGGUGUCCGAGCAGCUGCUGCUGGCGCGUUACACUUUACUGCAGCCAAUGGUGCCAAUAAAUUAUAACGCGCCCACAAACAACAACCGAGCGAACUUCAACUUUAGCAGCGAGAGCACCAUGGAACAGCAGUUUAAUCAGCUGGGCUUCACAAUGAAUUCUGCCGAGCAGCUACAGGAGACGGCGGGGCAGCAGAUGAUGAUGCAGCAACUGCAACAGCAGCAGCAACAUAACAUGCCGCAUCUGCCAUCACAGCAACAACAAAUGCAUAAUCACAAUCACCAGCAACACACCAGCCAACAUCAUCAUCAGCAGCAACAGCAGCAGAAUCAUCAACAGCAAGUCUCACAGCUGCAACAGCUCUCAUCGCAUCAACAACAAACACAGCAACAACAACAGCAACAGCCGCAACAGCAACAGCAAUCGCAGCAGCAAUUAAACAUUUUAUCACGCAGCGUACCUGAUCUUGCCCAAUUUGGUCACGAAGAGAUCGAUGAUUUCUUCAAUCUUUCACCGUUGCAAACAAUGGGCAACUCACAGUCGAGUCUUAAUCAGCGCAACAACAAUAACACGGUAACCACCAGCAAUGGACAGCAACAACAAUCGGCGCUAAAUCAGAAUUUCAUGAACAACACAACCAACACACCGCAAGCCACCAAUGAAGACUCCUUGCUUAGCUACAUGCAAAUGGCCACCGAGUCCAGUCCCACACUCAACUUUUCGAUGGGCAUUAGCGACGACGGAUCCGAGUCGCAAGGUGAACGCAUCGGCAACAAACUCAUUGGCAGCAGUCAACCACUGCAACAGCAGCAGCAACAGCGACAUCAGGUGCUGGCACACCAACAACAACAGCAGCAGCAGCAGCAACGUACUAAUAAUUUCUUUCCCAACAAUCCCUUUCAAGCGCUCGGCAAUCAAGCGACUACAAACCAAUUGCCAAACGAUCUAGAAAUAUUGCCCUAUCAGAUGUCACAGGAGCAGUCGCAGAACCUCUUCAACUCACCGCAAUCAACAAGAAAUAGUCAUUAGCCUUAAGCUAUCAUUCAAAUUAGAUUAGUUAGCCUAAACCAUUGAGUAAGUAAUACUCAAUUCUUAAACUUACCUAGCACUACAGGUAUUGUAAA